AUCAUGGAGAAAUUCAGCAUGCAGCAUCAACUAAAAACCCCACUUUGCUCAAAGAUUUUUAGCCUUGUUAGUCAACAAUAGUUUUCAUCACCUAACAAACGGUUGUACUGUAAGUUUGUAACAGAGAUCACACCGAAUGGAUGGGCAGCAAAAAUGCAGGGUAAAACCAAAGAAGGGUGGAAGGAAUGAACCUUCUGCUCCCCCCAACAGAAAAAAUGACAGCAGAAAACAAACCAGUCUGCAACCUACUAAGCUUUGUAGUCUUCCCUCAUGCCGUCGUCCCCUGCAAUCCUGAAUCCAAACAACCUCCAGGAGUUGCAAAAUCUUCCCCUAUUAAAGCACACCACAAAGCAUGCUGCGAUUGCACUGUCACACAGCGAAAUCACAGGACUAGAAUACUUGCUGACUACUGAGGCGAAAGGAUACCGGGUGGCGAAGAUGGCUGACCUUGGAUUCGGCGAUGCCAGGAGUGGCAAUGGCAGCAGGAGCCAAUGCUCCAGGGGGAAGGCGAUGCUGCUCGCCCUCGGCAAGGGCCUCCCUGAGCAAGUUCUUCCCCAGGAGAAGGUCGUCGAGACCUACCUCCAGGACACCAUCUGCGACGAUCCUGCAACAAGGGCAAAGCUGGAAAGACUUUGCAAGACCACCACAGUGAGGACAAGGUACACUGUCAUGUCAAAGGAGCUCCUAGACGAGCACCCAGAGCUCAGGACUGAGGGAACUCCAACACUGACGCCACGGCUUGACAUCUGCAAUGCUGCAGUGCUUGAGCUUGGUGCUACUGCAGCCCGUGCCGCCCUUGGUGAAUGGGGGCGUCCAGCAGCUGACAUCACCCACCUUGUCUACAUCUCGUCCAGUGAGCUUCGCCUCCCAGGGGGUGACCUUUUCCUGGCAACUCGCCUUGGCCUCCAUCCAAACACCGUCCGCACUUCCCUUCUCUUCCUUGGCUGCUCCGGUGGCGCUGCCGCGCUCCGCACCGCCAAGGACAUUGCUGAGAACAACCCAGGGAGCCGCGUCCUUGUAGUAGCCGCGGAGACGACGGUGCUGGGAUUCCGGCCACCAAGUCCUGACCGUCCUUACGAUCUUGUUGGUGCUGCCCUGUUUGGUGACGGCGCAUCAGCUGCGAUCAUUGGAGCAGGCCCCAUUGCUGCUGAGGAGAGUCCCUUCCUAGAGCUUCAGUUCUCAACACAGGAGUUCCUACCAGGGACGGACAAGGUAAUUGAUGGCAAGAUCACUGAGGAAGGGAUUAAUUUCAAACUGGGGCGUGAUUUGCCCGAAAAGAUUGAAAACCGUAUAGAAGGGUUCUGCAGGACACUCAUGGAUCGGGUUGGGAUAAAGGAGUUCAAUGAUGUAUUCUGGGCUGUGCAUCCUGGUGGUCCAGCAAUACUGAACAGGCUAGAGGUUUGCCUUGAACUCCAGCCAGAGAAGCUCAAGAUCAGUAGAAAGGCCCUGAUGAACUAUGGUAAUGUGAGCAGCAACACCGUCUUCUAUGUGUUGGAGUAUUUGAGGGAUGAGUUGAAGAAAGGGAUGAUAAGGGAAGAAUGGGGACUGAUCUUGGCUUUUGGCCCAGGCAUCACAUUUGAAGGAAUGCUAGUUCGAGGCAUUAACUGAGACUGAAAGGGGUCCAAGAAGACUUUCAGCUAGAUGGAAGAAUCACAAACAUACCAUUUCCAGGUUAAGUAUAUAGUAUGAACUUGAAACAUCUCAUAAGGAGCAUAGAUGUCUUGACAGCAUCUGUGCACUACAUAGUUAUUGUUUUACUGUAAUCUAUGUUUUAUGUAUCAAACAAUGUGAGGUACUCUAGUUUGAAUGCAAGAUACUUGAAAAAAUAUCAGGCAAUACAUUGCAUCCUGUUACAUUGUCAUGUAUAGUAAUUUGCAAGAGUAUUUAUAUGAAUUUCUAGUGGCUACACAAAUGGCAUAACGUGAGAAAAGUAAUGUGAUAGUCCAACUACCUUCCUCUCAAAAGAAUAAAUAAGCAGAACAAAUAUUGUUUAAGACAUCAAGCAUACCAUAAUCUUUCCACUAUUCUGAAGUGCACUGAAGUACAAAAAAACAUAUUACAGUGGCUGAUAGUACAUGCAUCAUGAGUUCACUUCAACAUGUUUAAACAUCCUUCUCAAAUAUUAUUAAAAAAACGAAAGAAAGGGGGAAAAAAAGAGGUUCUUACGUUGAAGGGAUUACAAAAUACCACUUC